AUGCUAUUUGUCACAGAGCCAAAAUUCGUAAAUAUAUCUAAUCCUCGCAAACUACUCUCCCUCAUCUAGGAAUACGAACUAAAAUUUCGGCCUGACUCUCCUAUCACUCAAAAAGCCAUGGAAAGUAUGGGAUUGGAUUGUCAUCACUUCCGUCGAAAGAAUAAGUUCGAGUUGCGCUACGAUUUCGAGAUCCAAAAAAUACCAUACACUGAAGCAGAUAUGUAGAAGGCCUAUCUGAGUUACAUGAGGGAAUUGAUAGUGGAUUACUAGAAUCUCUUUGACAAUAGAAAACGAAUUAAGAUUGAUUUUGAGAAGAGACAGAGGGAAGAAGACGAACUCAGAGGCUAUAAGUGGCCAGAACCUGUUGUAACCAAAAAGAUGAUUCGCAACCAAAUUGAAACCCUCACUUUGGAUCAAAAAUUGCAAUUAAUAGAAGAGGAAAGAUCUAAGGAACAAAAAAUUAAUGAUUGCUUUGCCAAAGAGGCUAUUAGAUAAGAGUUGGAUAGAAGACUCAAAAUUCAAGAGAAUCAAUAAAAGGAAGAGAGACUUCUAGUUUCACGUAAGGAGACCUUUGAUAAUCUCAGGAAGAAGGCAGCCUCAGAAAAUAAAAAGGUUUAUGAAAAAUUAUAAACUCAUUAAUAAAAAAUCAGAAAAUAAUUAGAGAAAGAUUUUCGUACUUCUAAAUCAAUUCAAGAAAAAAUGGAAGCUAAAGAAUUGUCAAUUCAAUAAAAACGAUCCAAAAUGAUAUCUGAAAUCGCUUCUCGCAAUCGUAAAUUAGAAGAUAAAAUUAAUCAUUUUAAGGAUGAUUUUGGUAAUCGUUUGAUGGAAGAUCUAAUGAGAAAGUAACAUGCUCUAGAAUUAUCAAUGAGUAAACGAUAGAAAACAGCAGAAUAAAUGGAAAAAAAUAGAUUAGAAAAACAAUAGUGUUUUGAAUAGAAAUUAAGCAAUAUCAAUCUCAAAAUCAAACAAGAAAGAGAAGAAAAGGAAUCUGAAUUAUUUAAUAAGGUUGGGUAGAAAUUAUCAAAGACAGAAAAACUACUUGAAGAACAUGACAAAUUAGUAUUGAAGAUGUGGUAGGAUAAAAAGAAGGAAUCACAAUCUAGAUUUUCAAAGCAGAGAGAAAGAUAUAUGCAAUCAGAAGGAAAACAAUAGGAAAAAAUAGAAGAACUGGAUGAGAAAUUAUAAAGUAUCUAAGAUAGAAUUGAGAAGUUUCAAACCAAAAAAAGUGAGGAGUGGAAGUCUUUCAAGGAACAAAAGAUUUAAAAUCACAAAGAACAUUUAGAAUUUCUUCAAUAUAUGAAGAAGAAGAAGGAAGAUAAAAAUCAAAAGUAAUAUUUGGAAAGAUAAAUUACGGUUUCAACUAAACUAAAGAAGUUGAAAGAUGAUUAAGAGUACGUUAGAACCUAUCAGACUGCUUCUAAGCAGAGAUUUGAACAGAAUACUUUGGCUUAAAUUGGAGAACUAGUAAAUUUGAAGUACUCUUCAUCUGUUAAAUUGCUCAACAAAUUGAAAGAUCUAGAAGAUGAAGAGGCAUUUAAUGAUAUUUAAUAGAAAUACAAAUAAAUAGUCAAAGUUCCAGAAAAAAAACCUGUAGAAUGA